AUGCCUCAGAACUACCAGCACAUCCUGGCUUGGGCAUUUGCUGUCAAGGAGAUCAAUGAAAAUCUCCAGAUCUUGCCAAAUGCCACCCUGGGAUUCCACAUCUAUGACAGCUAUUUUCAUCCAGCAUCUACCUUUCGGGCUGCUCUGCAAUUUUUUUCUCCAUUGAACAGAUUGAUCCCUAACUAUAAGUGUGAUACCCAGGACCAUCUAAGUGCAUUUCUUGAAGGUAUUCAUUCGGAAAGCUCGCAACUUAUACCUGAUAUUCUGAGUAUCUACAAGAUUCCACAGCUCUUGUAUGGUCCUGCACCAAUAAUGAUGGAUAACACCCAAGUCCCAUUCUUCUACAACAUGAUACCAAAUGACACCCAUCAAUACCUGGGAAUUGUCCGUUUACUUCUCCACUUCAGUUGGACAUGGAUUGGAUUCUUUGCUGUGCUCGGUGUGAAUUUAGAAUGGUUCGUGCAGAAGAUGUUUCCAAUCUUUUCCCAGCAUGGCAUCUGUUUUGCCUUCAUAUAUGCCUAUUCAAAUUUAGGUUAUCAUGAUUUCAGGAAAGACAAUAUGAAAUGGUUUGCAGAAAUGUAUGAAAAAAUCAUGGAGAGCACAGCCAAUGUAUUGGUCUUCAGAGGAGAUGUUCGUAGUUGGACAACUUUGAUGGGUUUGGUAUAUCUUGUGCAAAUUAAACAUAUGGUGCAAAAACCAAAAGGUAAACUGUGGAUUCUGGAUAACCAGAUAGAAUUAAAAACACUUGCCAACCUAAUAUUCAGUGAUGUGCAAAUCUUCCAUGGUGCAAUAUCUGUUGGAAUCCAUUCAAACGAACUCCAAGGAUUCAAGCAAUUUUUUAAGAGCAGAAGCCUUGCCACUGCAGAGGAAGAUGGUUUUCUCAGGGACUUCUGGUCAUACACGUUUGGCUGCGUGUUCCCAAAUUCCGUUGUGAGCAAUGUGAAUCAAGGUAACUGCUCUGGAGAUGAGACACUGAAAGACCUUCCUCUGUAUGAAAUGAACAUGUCUGGCCAAAGUUAUAGCAUCUAUAAUGCAAUCUAUGCCAUUGCUUAUGCUUUGCAUGCUAUGCAUUCUGACACAUCAAACAUUGGAAAAAAGGUGGAAGGAGAAAGAAGGAAGCUUCAACAUCAGCAACCAUGGCAGCUCCAUCACUUUCUGAGGCACGUCUCCUUUAACAACAGCGCUGGAGACCAGAUUUCCUUUGACCAGAAUUUGGAAUUAGUAGCAGGAUUUGAUGUUAUCAACUGGGUGACAUUCCCAAACCAAUCUGUUGCUAGAGUGAAAAUUGGAAAGAUUGAUCUUCAAGCUCCUUCAGACCAAGCACUCCAGCUAGAUGAAGAAUCGAUAGUAUGGCACACCCAAUUUAACCAGGCACAGCCUCUUUCUGUAUGCAGUAAGAGCUGUGAUCAUGGUUAUAGGAAGGAAAAGAAGGAAAGGGAACCAUUCUGCUGUUAUGAUUGCAUCCUAUGUCCAGAAGGGACGAUCUCUGAUCAUCAAGACAUGGAUGACUGUUUCCAAUGUUCAGUUGGCUAUUUGCCAAACAAGAACCAGAAUUAUUGCAUUCCCAAGAUAGUAACUUUCUUGUCUUAUGAAGAACCUUUGGGGAUAGGCUUUCUUCUUGCUGUUUUUUCAUUUUCUUUCAUCACAGCAUUGAUGGUGGGAAUAUUUCUGAAGCACCACAACACUCCCAUCGUGAAAGCCAACAACCGUAACCUCUCCUACUCUCUUCUCAUCUCCCUUCUGUUCUGCUUCCUUUCACCAUUGCUCUUCAUUGGCAAACCUGAGAAGGUAACGUGUCUCCUCCGCCAAACAACCUUCGGCAUUGUCUUCUCAAUAGCUGUUUCUUGUAUAUUAGCAAAAACCAUCAUGGUGGUCCUGGCUUUCAUGUCCACCAAGCCUGGAGGCAGGAUGAGGAAAUGGGUGGGGAAAAGCCUGGCCAACUCCAUUGUUCUUUCCUGCUCCCUUAUUCAAGCAGGAAUUUGUACCGUUUGGCUAAUAAAAUGUCCCCCAUUCCCAGAUGUUGACAUGCAUUCAGUGAUUGAAGAAACCAUCUUAGGAUGUAAUGAGGGAUCCCCUACCAUGUUUUACUGUGUCUUGGGCUACCUGGGCUGCCUUGCAUUUGCCAGCUUCUUGGUGGCUUUCCUUGCUAGAAAGUUGCCCGACAGUUUCAAUGAAGCCAAGUUUAUCACAUUCAGCAUGUUAGUAUUCUGUAGUGUUUGGUUAUCCUUUGUUCCAGCCUACCUGAGUAUCAAGGGGAAAUACAUGGUAGCUGUGGAGAUCUUUUCCAUCUUAGCAUCCAGCGCUGGGCUGCUGGGCUGUGUCUUUUUGCCAAAAUGCUACAUUAUUGUGCUGAGGCCUGACCUGAACAAUAAACAUCAGCUAAUGAAGAAGAUCCAUCCUUCUCAACUUCUUCCCACUUAA